AUUUUGGGUAUUUUCUUCAUUAAAAAUUUAAAAAGAAAAUCAAUCAAUUGAAAAUAAUUUUUAUAUUGUUAUUGUUACAAGUGAAAAAAUUGUUGUUGUUGUUCUGUUCUGUUCUGUUUUAUUUUUCAGGUUUAAUUCAAACAGAUAUGGAUUCAAAAAGUCCGGUACGUAAAAUGAUUAAAACUCGGUCAUCGUCACAAUCACCUAAUGUAAAAACCGAAUCAAAUGUACUGAAAUCCACGAAUAAUAUUGCUACAUCUGUACAAUCGAAUGAUGUAACCAACAUUGUAAUACAGACAAAAUCUAAUCCACAAGUUUCGUACAGAGUGGUCAAUCUAAAUCCAUCGAAUUCAACAUUGGUACAAACUACAGCAUCGGCAACAAGUAAUCCACAAAUAUUGGUUAUGGUACCUUCAAAUCCAAACAAUAAUAAUAACAAUAAUAAUAAUAAUAAUCAAAAUUCGUUUGUAAAAAAAAGUGAAACAUUUACAACAACAAAAAAUUUAGUCGAUCAAAAACGACGAAUGACACAUCGUGAAAUUGAACGUAGACGUCGUGAUAAAAUUAACGAUUGGAUAUAUGAAUUAUCUAAAGAGGUACCUGAUUGUGCAACUGAUCGUACUAAACAAGGUCAAUCAAAAGGUGGUAUAUUGGCUAAAACUGUUAAAUAUAUUCGAGAUUUACGUGCUGAAAAUAUUUCAUUACGUUCGGAUGUUGAAAGAUUAAAAAGACGUUUAACCGAUAUUGAAGAGAAUAGAAUUCAAUACAAAGAAGAACCUAUGGUUUAAUCUGUUCAAAACAGAUUUUUUUGGGGGAUCAUCAUAUUCGAAACUAAACCAUCACACACCUGUAUGGCCUUGUGGUAUGGAUGGUUUUUUGUUUCAUUUUAUUCGCUUAAAUUCUGUCAUAUGAA